AAUGAAACGUCGUCAUUCAAGUAAUUCUCCACCAAAUCAAUCAGAAUUUGUUAAUAAUAAUAAUAAUAUUUUAUUUAAUAAUCAACAAAUAACUGCAAAUAAUUUAGUACCCAAUUUUGUAUUUCCUCAAAAUUUGUUUUCCCCUCAAUUCUUGCCGCAACAAUUAAAUUCUGUUUUUAAUGGAUUUCAGAGUCCUAAAAAAUCAUUUAAUGCCGAAAAUCCUCUAGAAGAAAGGAAAGCUCAAGAAGAAGCAUUACAAAAACUUGGAAGUCUUUUAUUUGGGUGUAAUAAUAAUUCUGAUUCUAAUACAAAUUUAAAUGAAGACGAGAGUGAGGUAUUAAAUGUUUUGAAUACUUUAUUUAUUUGGAGGACCUAUAAAGAAUUCGGGGAGAGUUAA